GGAAGGAAGGAGGAAGGAGGAAGGAAGGAUGCGCGCUGUCGAGCUCUAAGCGUGUAGAUAAUGUAUCUACAGCCUGUGAUUUACACCUGCGAUGAUCUAAUGCAAAGCAAUACUUGAAAAUCUCCAAAAGCCAUCAGCUCGUCAGGAUAUGCGAUGCACAGACGUCCCCACAAUCAAAGCGACAGCGAUCUCAAAUGUAUGCAGUAAUGGAACAGCUAUUAUUUCUUGUAAUUUUGUACUCGCUUCCUACUCUCAUCUCAGCCAUACAUAAUUCAACGACUGGAGGAUGUGCAAUAAUUCGUCCCCCCAGAGAUGGAGGGAUUCGCUACCGAGGACUGACUCAGGAACAGAUCCGCAGUGUGGAGAUCUUGCCUGUAGACUAUGAGAUUGAAUAUAUCUGCAGAGGAAGCAGAAUUAUUGUAGGGCCCAAGGUCCGAAAAUGCCUCCCCAAUGGAACCUGGACUGAAAUGAACCAGAUCAGCAGAUGCUUAUUGGUUUGCCCUCGUUCAUGGAUGUCUCUGGAGAAUGGAAGGGUGACGCUGCUGCCCCCUGGACAGCCAGUAGAGGGCACUGUUCUGCGUUACAGCUGCCAUGCUGGCUUACUGUUGGAAGGUUUCAACAUUUCUCACUGUACCAAGCUGGGCAAAUGGGACUCACUUAAACCACUGUGUGUGCGUGACAUGAACUAUACAGGCAAAAAGAAACUGUACAUCGGAGCUCUGUUUCCCAUGAGUGGAGGAUGGCCUGGUGGACAAGCGUGUCUCCCCGCAGCCCAGAUGGCGUUGGAUCUCGUGAACAACCGGAGCGACAUUCUACCGGACUACGAGCUGGAGCUCAUUCAUUACGACAGUAUGUGUGACCCAGGUGAAGCCACCAAACUGCUGUAUGACCUGCUUUACACAGAGCCGAUAAAGAUCGUUCUGAUGCCCGGCUGCAGCUCUGUGUCCACACUGGUGGCCGAGGCGGCACGCAUGUGGAAUCUCAUCGUGUUCUCAUACGGCUCUAGUUCUCCGGCUUUAUCUAAUCGUCAGCGCUUCCCCACUUUCUUCCGAACGCACCCGUCAGCAACUUUGCAUAAUCCCACACGUGUUCGGCUCUUCCAGAAGUGGGGAUGGACUAAGAUCGCCACUAUCCAGCAAACCACUGAAGUUUUUACCUCGACAUUGGAUGAUUUGGAAGAGCGGGUAAAGGAGGCCGGCAUCGAGAUAAGCGUCAGGCAGAGCUUCCUCACUGAUCCCGCGGUGGCUGUCAAAAACCUAAAGCGUCAAGAUGCGAGAAUCAUAGUCGGCCUCUUUUACGAGACUGAAGCCAGAAAAGUGUUUUGUGAGGUCUUUAAAGAGAAACUGUAUGGUAAGAAGUAUGUAUGGUUCCUCAUCGGCUGGUACGCAGACAACUGGUUUAAGAUCAAAGAUCCGGCCAUCAACUGCACGGUGGAGAACAUGACGGAGGCGGUGGAAGGGCACGUCACCACUGAGAUCGUGAUGCUGAAUCCAGAGACCGUCCGCGGUGCUUCAAACCUGACCUCGCAGGACUUCCUGGCACAGCUGAUGUCACGUCUGGGUGGGAAAAACCCUGAGGAAACGGGUGGAUUUCAGGAAGCUCCGCUGGCGUAUGAUGCCGUAUGGGCCCUUGCACUGGCCCUCAAUAAAACUGUGGCCCCCCUGAGGGCCAAAGGGUGGGCACUGGAGGACUUCAACUACAACAACAAAGAUAUCACAGCGGAGAUUUACCGAGCCCUCAACACAAGCUCGUUCGAAGGAGUAUCUGGUCAUGUUGUGUUCGAUGCUCAGGGAUCGCGUAUGGCCUGGACUCUAAUAGAGCAACUGCAAGGUGGGAGCUACAAAAAGAUUGGAUACUAUGACAGCACAAAAGGCAACCUGUCCUGGUACGCAAACGACAAAUGGAUCGGUGCCAGCCCUCCAGCAGACCAGACCAUGGUGAUCGAGGAGUUCCGCUAUCUUUCUCAGAAGCUCUUUGUCUCUGUGUCUGUCUUUGCCGGACUGGGAAUCCUUUUCGGAAUAGUUUGCCUCUCCUUCAAUAUAUACAACAGUAGCGUUAGAUACAUCCAGAACUCCCAACCCUAUCUGAACAACAUGACCGCAGUGGGCUGCGUUCUAGCGCUGGCUGCCGUCUUUCCCCUGGGCAUCGAUGGCUUGCAUGUUCAUAGAUCACAAUUCCCAGUUGUCUGCCAGUUUCGCCUGUGGCUACUAGGGCUCGGCUUCAGUUUAGCCUAUGGCAGCAUGUUCACUAAGAUCUGGUGGGUUCACACUGUGUUCACUAAAAAAGAUGAGAAAAAAGAGAAAAGGAAGCACUUGGAACCGUGGAAGCUGUACGCGACCGUCGCUGUUCUGCUCGCUAUUGAUGUCCUCUCUUUGCUUAUCUGGCAGAUCGUGGACCCAUUGCACAUCACCGUCGAGAAGUUCACUAAAGAAGCUCCAAAAGUAGAUCUAGAUGUGUUGAUUCAGCCUCUUCUUGAGCAUUGCAGUUCAGAAAAGAUGAACACGUGGCUUGGUGUGGUGUUUGGCUACAAGGGUCUUCUCUUGCUGUUGGGAAUCUUUCUGGCCUACGAGACCAAGUCCAUCUCCACGGAGAAGAUUAAUGACCACAGAGCAGUUGGCAUGGCCAUCUACAACGUAGCUGUGCUGUGUAUGAUAACUGCUCCGGUGACCAUGAUCCUCUCCUCUCAGCAGGAUGCUUCAUUUGCAUUCGCGUCUCUGGCCAUCAUCUUCUCUGUUUACAUCACUCUCGUGGUUCUUUUUGUGCCUAAGAUACGUCGUUUGAUCACCCGUGGCGAGUGGCAGUCAGAACAGCAGGACACGCUAAAAACCGGAUCCUCCACAAACAACAACGAAGACGAGAAGUCACGCCAGCUAGAGCGCGAGAACAGGGAACUCCAGAAGAUCAUACAAGAGAAGGAGGAAAGAGUGACAGAUCUUCGGAAUCAACUCGCGGAACGUCAAGCCUUGCGUUCUCGCAGACCCACGUCCGUCCAAAAUCAGAACCAAAAUCACAGCGUUCCUUCCACUCAGACGGUCCCGCCAGGCUACACAGACCAACAGUCUCUGCCUUCAUCCUUCUCCAAUUCCUCCAACCUCUACCAGGGCGAAGGCAAACUGAGCCGAAACAACUGCCACAACAGCCGGUUGCCCCUCCUGUACAAAUGAUUCAAGGCUCCUGAUUGGACGAAUCUCGAGAAAGCAAGUAGUGUCUGUUAACCUGUAGUUUAUUUUUAAGUUGACUUACCUUUUGGCUUCCUGACAUUCCUUGUGACUUCCUAAUUGUUUACUUUUUGAGUUACAAAAACAUAUUCAUGGAAAUACUUUUACUAAAACUACACGAAGUCUGUGUUGCACAAAUAUCAUAUUUAAUUUAUAGGUGUAUAUAAUUAACCAAUGAUGUCAGUAAACAGGAGUCCAUUAGUCAAACUUAUCAACAGCCUUUGUAGGUUGGACGGUGCUAAUUCAAAGAAUCCGAGCGAUUGAGUUUAGUGUCAGAUAGAAGAGCGUCCGUUCGUUUGUGUUCUGCCGUUAUUUUGCCCUUGAGCAUAACACCUACAUCGCUUAACAUUUGAAAAGACGAGCCGAGUGUCACUUUAAUGAGAAUCGUGCGACAGAGGGUAACAGAUGCUCUUUCUCAUCCGGCUCACAAUAGAAAGGUUUUAGCCGAAGCUGCGAUUAACUUCUGAAGGUAUCUGACCUGAAUCUGGUCGAUACUCUGUUUUCUUUUAAUAAUGUUCCUCCUCAAAUCCUUACGGCUGUGUGCCAGGGUCUUUUUUGCAUUAUACUUUACAAUUGCAAUCCCUGGGAUCGAACCCAUGACGUUGGCGUUGCUAACGCCAUGCUCUAACCACUGAGCCACAUAUGACAUGAAAUAAAAAAAUUUUGCUUAUACGAUCAUGGUGGGAAAUAGUCCUGAUAAGUUCAUCACUAAUAACAUGUUGCUUGUCAGAUCGGUUGUGUUUUGUGAGUCACAGUUUCUGUGGCUUUCGCACUUUGCAGGCCAGAUUUGUCAUCACCGAGCCAACAACUCUAUUUUAUUACAAGUUAUAUGAGGAAGAUUUGCUUUGUGAGAACUCCAUGUUGUACUUCAUAUGAAGAGUUUGGUUCCAAAACAAGAUAACAUAAAUCAUGUUUUUUUUAUUGUGCAUUCUAAUAAAUAUCAAUCAAACUGCAUUUGGUUUGUUUUGAUUUAAGCCAUAAUAACACAAAAAUUACAGCUAACUAACACAAUAAAAAUAUGAUUUUUUUUAAAAACAAUGAACUCAUUUUGGAACCAAACUCUUCAUAUAUAGGCCUAUAGGAAAAAUUAAGAGACCAUUCCAAUUUGUAAUUUAAUCAGCAUUUCUAGAUGUAUUGCAGUCAUUCCAGUCCAGUGUCUGUUGGAUUUCAACAAAAUCAAACCUUAGGAGUGACAAAGUCCUCCAACAGCAAUGUGAAAGACUGACAGCAUGACAAGACGCAUUAAAACUGUGAUGCAAAUUGAGGUAAUCACAUAACAAAUCAUUUUUGAACUUUUCCUAAAUACAUGUACAAAUAAUACUGUUGUAUUGCUUAAAAGUGUAUAUAAACUUGUUUUCUUUAUUUAAGGUCUGAAAAAUACAGAGCAUCUUUUCUGCUAUUUUCACCUGUUUCUCCAGUUUUCGUUUUCUGCAAAUAAAUGCAAAUAGAAACAAUAUUUUUAUUUGAAAUUUAGGAGGAAUAUUGUUAGUAGUUCACGGAAUUAAACACAAUGAUCAUUACCUAAACACAUACCUAUAAAUCGUAAAUUCAGAAAAAACGGAAAUCAUUUUGAAAUGGUCUACUAAUUUCCCCCGCGGCUGUAGAUAUUUCUGUAAACACUGUUGCUGAAUUCUAACCGAUGCCUAGAUCCUACAGAUCAUUCCUGGUCUGUGCAAUACAUUUAUUUUUACUUUUAUUUACAUCUUUUUAUUUUAAAAUAAUGUUGUACCUCUUACAAAUGGGAGUAUACACAUGUAAUCUACAGCAGUAGUCCUCACCUGGUUUAGUUAAACACAGAUUUAACUGUACAUUGGACAUUAUUGACUGAACACAAUAUCAAACCUGUAAUCGUCAUUUAAUGGGUCAUAUUUUCGAUGACCUAGUUCAUGGUUUUCAAGGAUGAUGGCAUGUCAAACAACCUGCCUAUGUAAGCAUCUACCUAAUAUGGCUAAAUUCUGCCAAGUAACAAAUGAAUUUGAGCCAUAUUGAGUUUCAUGGCCUCAUGGAAACAGCAACAAAGUAUGGAAAGUGUUUUUUCUCUUCUUUUGAAGUUAUAAAGCUUGGUUAUUUUUCUAUUCUAAAUGCAUAAAUACAUAGUUAAUUGCAUUUUAGUAUUCGCGUUCAACCUUUUCUUACGUUUUUCUGUACCCCUGACCGAUGCGAUCAGAGCAGGCUUGAGAAGUGACUAUUCAUUUGCAUUGUAUAAUUUGUACAGUAAAUGUACACAAAAACACACAAUGUAUGAUCAAUGUCUUUUGUACGAUUUCAAAAUCACGUUGACGGUCAUUUUGUUGCAUUUAAACGGAUAAAUUUGAUUCGUGGAAGCUUUACCAAUAAUUGUUUUAUUCUUCUUAAAAACAAUUUGACACCAGAAUUUAUGAACACUGUCACAAUUGCAUAAUUCAUAACUACUAUGACUGGUUCACAAAUGCCCAGACUCGCUCUUCUUGUAUUUUUGCAGUUACGGGUUGAGUCAAGAAUUUUGUACUUGUGGACAAUCUCUAUCUAUAUUUACAUUUAUUGCAAUACUGUUGCGAUUACUAAUAUCCUUUUUCUUUUCUUCUGGUAAGACAAUCACAUACUAUUUUACUAUGUUUACACAAGAAUACAAUAUUUGGAUUUGUUUUUCAGACAGAACUGUGCAUUAAUGCAUGUUUCAUUGUUGUAUCUGUAUCACUGAAAAGUACUCAUGUAUAAACUAUCAAGUAACAAGCAAUGAUUCAUUUGACAAGAGUAGUAGGCUAAAGCACAUUGUUUUCCCUCUAGUAUACUAAGCAUUCUAGUAAUGUAGCUCAGGGUGUGUGACUAUAUACUGUAUAACACUUGACACACUGUAAAAGUACAAUCUGUAAUUACUGAAACAGUGCCUUUUGUACUCAUUGGAGGGAGUGGAUCUGCCAUUGUAGAGAUCUGGGCGGAGUCACCAUUGACAUGUGAGGGUUGCUAUGAUAAGGCACUUAUUUCUGAAGGCCGUGUACAGUUGCAGCAAUUACGGAUUUCCCUUUUAAAUGUACUGUUUCUUGUCAGGUGUGUGCACUAUACCAUGAGGCAUUUUUUAAUACUUCCAGAUGUCUGUAAGUCAUGUAAUUGAGUCCCUUGUGAUUUUGGAAAUGAAGCAAUGAAUCUAUUAUGUAUGCUUUAGAAAGUUUCUCUAAAUAUGCAAACGUUCUGGAUGUCAACAUUCAAUAAACUCAUUAUUUUGCACUGAGAGUACUGUCGAGCUGUUUUCUGAAGCACCACUCAUCUCGUACAAUAACAGAUGCACUACCAUACAAAUUAGCAGAGGUGGACGAAGUACACAACUUCCUUACUUGAGUGAAAGUACAGAUACUACUGGUCAAAGAUUACUCCACUACAAGUAAAAGUUGUAAAG